CUCUGGCCUCCUCAUCCCUCUGUAUUUUAAUAUUUUAAUCUUACAGCAGUGAACCGCCAUCACUCAGGAUGGACUCCAGACCCCCCCACCUGCUGCUGCUGCUGCUCACCAGCCUCCUCCACCUCUGGCAAUGUGCCAGAGGACAGUCAUCUUACAUUAUAGAUGCCGUUGGCCUCACAAUCCUACCCAGCAGCACGGUUCAGAGCGGGACAUGGGUGACCCUGCGCUGCCAGGUCAGCGUCAGCCAUGACAACAUCCCUCACCUGACACAUACUUUCCACCUCACACGGGACGACGUCCCGGUCCACUCGUCCACCACCACCGAGGACUCAGUGGAGUAUGAACUCAGCCCAGCCAGGGCGGCUGACUCCGGAUAUUAUGAAUGUCGGGUCACAGUCAAGGACAAGAGCAGAGCCAGCUUCAGCAAAAAACUGGAAGUCACAGGCCUGCAGACCCCUGUUCUGUAUGUGGAUAAGACUACACCCUAUGAGAGUGAGGAGUUCAUAGUCGCCUGUAGCGCUCCAGAGGAGAAAGGAUCCCUCAUCUUCCGGUUUUACCAGAGAUUUAGGAGCGGAGAGUCUCAGAAGAUAAAGCAGCCAGCGUCCACUGGGAACUCAUCAGAGACCACGCUGUCCCUGAGAAAGGUUGGAGACAGCUUUCUGUACUGUGACUACGAGAUCAAUUUGGUUUCUGGGCCCAGACGCUCCAACCGCAGCCGCGAGAUUCCAGUGAUAGUCAAAGGACUCUACAUUUCCCCGAUUAUGAAUGUGCUUCCCUCCUCAACUGUCUUUGAGGGUGACGUAAUGGAGGUGGUCUGUAAAGUGGUGAGUCCGCUCAAGAACAUUGAAGUGUUCCUGACGAAGGACAGGAGGAUCCUCAAGCAAGCCCCAGUCAGCCUCAGCCAUCGAUUCACGGCACAAGAAGGCGACUCUGGGGAGCUCGUGUGCAAGGCGGAGUGGGGCAAUGUGCAGAAAGAAACCUAUCAAGCCGUCACAGUCAAAGAGCUGUUUUCAAAGCCACGCCUGACUGUGGAGCCCGUAGACAUAUUUGAGCGAGACCGCUUCAAGCUGACCUGCUCUGUGUCCAUUUACGUCCCUGAGAGGAUAAACAAUGACACCAUGCGGUUCUCCAUCUACAGAGAUAACCUCCAGCUCACCAGUGCAGAGACAUACAUCACUGUGGCGGAUCCUGCUAAAAAUGGCAACUACACCUGCAAAGCACAGGCUGCUUCUCUGACAAGCAGCUUUGAGAAAGAAAGCCAAACAGUUGUUGUUAAAGCAAAAGUUCCUGUUUCAAAGCCCGUGCUGAGUGUGGUUGGGGGUACGCUGGUGUUGGGGAAGCGCUUCCAGCUGCUCUGUCACAGUGACAGCGGCACUCUGCCCAUCGUCUACACCCUGUACGGCCCCAACAGGCUGCUUGAAGUCAAGGCGGUGAGCAAGCCGGGGGAAGAGGCCAUCUUUAACUCCUCAGCUGUCUACAAGAGUUCAGACUUAAACAGCUUUCUUUGCCACGCGAAAAACAGUCAACACAAGACAACCGUGACAGAGUCGGGGAAGCUGCUACGUUCAACCAACAUCAUAGAGCCUGUGUCAAGACCAGUGUUGAGCUUGCGUCCCAGCAUGGGGGACGUCUCUGAGGGGCAGGACGUGACUCUCGUGUGCUCUGUUCAGAGAGGCACCCUUCCCAUCAGCUUCACCUGGUACCACACUCAGACGGAGGACGCUCUCCAUUCCCAGACCUCCAAGAAACUGGAAGGAUCCUACAGGAUCAAAGAUGUCAGAGGAGAGCACCAAGGAAAAUACUACUGUGUGUGCACCAACCCGGCCAACGAAACCCAACAAAGUUACCCCAUGGCGAUCACAGUCAAGAUGGCUGGCUGGAAGAAAGGCCUAAUAGCAGUCUUCUGCAUCCUGCUUAUACUGGCACUGAUCCUCGUUCUCAUCUUUAAAAGACGCCUCCUUCAGUUCAAGAGGAAAACAACUGGCGAGCUGUCAGUGAAGUCAGCCAACACCAAAGUAGAGCGGCUGAGCCUCACCCAGUCAGAGGUCAAUGAGGCUGCCAAUGUCACUCCAGGCAUGAUGGGAAAGAGUGUUUGGAGCGAGCACGUGUCGGGCUCUGAGUCUGAUGACCAGAAUAGUGUGAUCUCUCCAGAGAAACCAGAACCUCAGUACACUGAGGUGCAGGCCAGACAGGCAGAUCCUAACAGAGCUCCGGUGAAAAAGGGCACAGACACGGUGUACAGCGAGGUGCGGAACUCCAAGCAAGGUGUUCCAGAGCAGGCGGAUGGCCAGGGGUCAGUGGAGUAUGCACAGCUGAAUCAUGAUGCGGAUCACCACAGUGACCACGGUAACCAUGGUCACCACAGUGACCACACAGACGAGAUUGACAGCAGUGUUGACAACAACACAGCUGACCACGGGGAGUGAAAACAUGAUCCAAUGCCGGACUGUUAACUGACCAGCAAGAAUAUUUAUUCCCUUAUUUAUCCGCCUGUAAAUGCGGCUGCAGUCUUUUGUGCUGAAAGACCUCAAACAGCCUUAAACAACUGUGCUUUUUGUACUUUUGUAACGCUUUGCAAGGAACAUCCCACACUGUAAAUUCACACGCUUUGCCUAUGAAGGGCAAAUAAAAUGUUUUCAU